AUGAUGGUGCACUGUGCCGGUUGCGAGCGGCCCAUCCUCGACCGCUUCCUGCUGAACGUGCUGGACCGCGCGUGGCACAUCAAAUGUGUCCAGUGUUGUGAGUGCAAAACCAACCUCUCGGAGAAGUGCUUCUCGCGCGAGGGCAAGCUCUACUGCAAAAAUGACUUCUUCAGACGCUUCGGCACCAAGUGCGCCGGCUGUGCGCAAGGCAUCUCGCCCAGCGACCUGGUUCGAAAAGCCCGGAGCAAAGUCUUCCACCUCAACUGUUUCACCUGCAUGGUGUGCAACAAGCAGCUGUCCACCGGCGAGGAGCUGUACGUCAUUGAUGAGAACAAGUUUGUGUGCAAGGACGACUACCUGAGCUCCUCCAGCCUCAAGGAAGGCAGUCUCAACUCAGUGUCAUCCUGUACGGACCGCAGUUUGUCCCCGGACCUCCAGGACCCUCUGCAGGACGACCCCAAGGAGACGGACAACUCCACCUCCUCGGACAAGGAGACGGCCAACAACGAGAACGAGGAGCAGAAUUCGGGCACCAAGCGGCGCGGCCCCCGCACCACCAUCAAAGCCAAGCAGCUGGAGACGCUCAAGGCCGCCUUUGCCGCCACGCCCAAGCCCACGCGCCACAUCCGCGAGCAGCUGGCGCAGGAGACCGGCCUCAACAUGCGGGUUAUUCAGGUGUGGUUUCAGAACCGACGGUCCAAAGAGCGCCGAAUGAAGCAGCUGAGCGCUCUGGGCGCUCGGAGACACGCCUUCUUCCGGAGUCCGCGGCGCAUGCGUCCGCUGGGGGGCCGCUUGGACGAGUCUGAGAUGUUGGGGUCCACCCCGUACACAUACUAUGGAGCAGACUCUGGCCUGUUCAUGCGCUGCUUUUCCCGCCGUGCAAAGCGGGCUGUCACCGCCGUGGGCUCCAUGGCGCUGCUUUGA